UUGGAAAUAUGAACACAUUCGCACUGUAUCAAGAUCCAUUGCGCGGCGAGCGCCUCAAAAUAUCGGAAAAGCAGAUUGGCGGCAGUGUGGUGCCCCGGAAAAUUAGUCUCUCGGAUCCGAUUCUUCUGCGGCACAUCCUCUGCCUGAUGAUAGUGGUGCACAAUAGCUUCCACCUUAUUCUGUGCUGCAGGCAGUUGCGAUUGUGUAAAAGCACUUCCGUGCCACCGAAGCAAAUGGAGGGCGCGAUGUCGCAAGAAGCCUUCAAGGCAUCCAAGGAUAAGCAACUCCAUGCCUCAUAUCUGGAGAUUUUCAAUAUAGCAUUAGAUACAUUGUAUAGCUGCCUUGAUAUGUAUCUUUGCACUCUGCCGUAUCUGUGGAAACUCACGGUAGGAUGGUAUCGCUAUGCGGAUAGCACUUGGCUGAAUGUGACAUUUAUGACUCUACUCUCUACGUACUUGGUAGUGCGGAAGUUGCCCUCACUAUUUUACGAGAAACUGACCCUGGAUCCGAGAUACAAUGUGGAUCCUGAAAAGACGCCGCCCUUGCUGGGCUUGAUUUGUGCCCUGGUUUUUGUCGUGGUGUUCCUACAGGUUGCAGUCAUUCCGCUGACUGCGAUCUUCAUGGUUAUUCAUGAGCUAACCGAAUGGUAUUUCACACUCUUCGUUUGGCCAAUUCUGGUGGGCUUGUCCGCACUGAUACUGGGAUUUAUUGGACUGUUUGGAGUGCCCUGUUUGGGCAAGAGUCACAAAAUGAAUAACACCGAUAUGGACGAUAGCCUGAAAGCGGUAGUGAAGGACUUCAAGUUUCCGGGCCGAGUCUACAUGGUUCACACCUUCCACGUGGGUCGUCCCACUGCCUGGGUAAUGGGAUGCUGCUGUUGCCUGCGUUUGGAUAUCCACGAUAACCUGAAGAUGAAUCGCGGCUUUAGGUCCGAUGACUUCGACUGGGGCCAGAUGGGUGCUGGUCUGAAUGACGAGCAGCUGGCGGCCUUUGUGGCCCAUCAACUGGCCCACUGGCGUCUGUGGCAUGUGGCAAAGGGACUGGCACUGAUAUACUUUCACCUCUUGAUAUACCUACUGCUUUUUGGGAUCUGUAAUAGAUGGAUAAUGCUGUACGAGGCGGCGGGCUUUACGACAUUCUAUCCCAUUUCCGUGGACUUCUGGCUGGUGUACAAGUACGUAAUGCCCAUAUAUCACGACAUUUGGACUUGGAUAGCGUUCUUCUUUAUACGGCACUUUGAAAACGCCGCGGAUGCCUAUAUCAAUCGCCGGGGUUACGGACCAGCGAUGAGGGCCGCCCUGCUCAAACUUUUUGCGGAUGACUACGAGUUUCCCUAUGUGGACCGCUGCUACCUCAUGUGGCAUCGCCUUCGUCCGUCGAUCCUGCAACGCAUCGAUAAUCUGCAGCGAUUGGAUGAGGAAGGUGGUGCCUCCAUCGCAUAGUAUCUGA